UCGGCUACUGGGAUUCGGCAAAGUGGUCUCGGCAAUCUUUCAUUCAGCAAACUGGAUUGUGGCCACCUGACUUGUCUCGACUGUAAACUAAACGGAUACAUCGCCUACCUGCUGUAUGCAACCAACAUCAAGCUCACCCCAAACAAAGGAAACCUACCACCGACACCAGCAUCCAUCGCUUUGAACAGUACAGCGCCAACAUCAGCACCACUUAUUCAAUUAUAGAAUAACCAGUACAACCAAAAAAAAAAAAAAAAAAAAUAGUUGAUCAUGGUGAAGCAAAGACGGUUUGUGUUGGUGAAGCAUUUUUCGGGGAUGCCGAAAGAGGAAGACUUGAAAAUUGUGGAAAAAGAGCUGCCAGCUAUAAAAGAUGGAGAGGUGCUUCUGGAAACCUUGUAUCUGACUGUUGAUCCAUAUAUGAGGGCAUUCAAUUCAAGUAUGAAAGAAGGAGACACCAUGAUUGGAGAAAAUGUGGCCAAAGUGAUAGAGAGCAAGAAUUCUGAUUAUCCAGUGGGAACUAUUGUUGCGAACAUGUCGGGCUGGUGUACUCAUGCAAUCUCCAAUGGCCAACAGCUAACGAAGGUUCCAGCUUAUCCUGCUGAUCUUCCGUACUCCCUGGCACUCGGAAUGCUUGGAAUGCCUGGAAUGACAGCAUACUUUGGAGUGACAGAGGUCUUGAAGCCCAAAGCUGGAGAAACUAUGUUUGUUAGUGGAGCAGCAGGGGCCGUUGGUGCUGUAGUGGGACAAUUUGGAAAAAUACAUGGUUGCCGUGUAAUUGGAUCAGCAGGAUCAGAAGAGAAGAUUAAAUACUUGAAAGAAAUUGGUUACGAUGAUGCGUUCAACUACAAGACAACAACAGAUAUUGAGAAGACAUUAAAAGACAUGUGUCCAGAGGGUAUACACAUGUAUUUUGAUAAUGUUGGAGGUGAAUUAACAAGUACUGUGAUGAACAUUAUGAAUGAUUUUGGCAGAAUAGCAGUGUGCGGAAUCAUCUCAGGUUACAAUACAAAGACACCAAUACAGAUUAUUCAGUUGCCAAUUCUUACUAAACAUCUGAAAAUUGAGGGAUUCAUGGGGUGGACAUAUACUGCUAGAUGGCCAGAAGGUAUUGAAAAAUUCAUAAAAUACAUCACUGAGGUACGUAGCCAUUUCUUCUUUAUAUACCGAUCCAUUUGCAGGAAUUGUUCUCUACUCUGCAAAUGCUAUAGCUGCAGGGGCAAUGUGUAUAAGAGACAGGUGAUGAACAUUAUGAAUGAUUUUGGCAGAAUAGCAAUGUGCGGAGCCAUCUCAGGUUACAAUGCAAAGACACCAACACAGAAUGUGUAUAAGAGACAGGUGAUAGAGAGCAAGAAUUCCAAUUAUCCAGUGGGAACUAAUGUUGUGAGCAUGUCGGGCUGGUGUACUCAUGCAAUCUCCAAUGGCCAACAGCUAAGGAAGGUUCCAGCUUAUCCUGCUGAUCUUCCGUAUUCGCUGUCACUCGGAAUACUUGGAAUGCCUGGAAUGACAGCAUACUUUGGAGUGACAGAGAUCUUGAAGCCCAAAGCUGGAGAAACUAUGUUUGUUAGUGGAGCAGCAGGGGCCGUCGGUGCUGUAGUGGGACAACUUGGAAAAAUAUUGGUAAGAAAUAUUACUUAUUUAUUUGUUCAGCAUCAUCUUCAUCAUUUCAACAUGUCUGUGUGGACCGAACCUAUGAUACGUUACCUUCUCUCAUUGUGGGGGGAAGACAUAAUACAAAGACAACUGGACGGCACCCGCCGAAACAGCGGUACUUACAAAGAAAUAACUGCAAAGAUCAAAGAAAAAUUUAGGGGAAAGCUGACUGUGACACAGGUCACCAAUAAACUGAAGUAUUUGCGCAGGGGAGUACAGUACAAGUGCGUGAAGCGUGGUUAG